GGGAAACCUUCAGUCGCAUCGAAUCGGCCGCCACGUCACACGGCCCUCGGCUUUCCCUCUCCAAAAAUCCCUUUCGAGACGAGUUGAGCGAUUGAGAGCAGGAUGAAGUGGCAACUCGCUGGCUCCCUCGGCCUUCUGUUGGCGCUGGCGUUGGUGAAUGUUCAAGUGGAUGUGAAGGGAUAUACAAGAUCUUUAGCGACAAGAGUUUUAGGUGCUUUGACCUCGCCGACGUCACAUUUCACAGACUUAGAGACCUCAGAGACAUCAGAUGACGAAGAUGCCGAGAUUUCAGAUACGUCAGAAACCGAAAAUUCAGAUACGUCAGAAACCGAGAGUUUAGAGACGUCAGAAUCCGAGGAUUUAGAGACAUCAGAAACCGAGAGUUCAGAGAUGUCAGAAACCGAGGUCUCAGAAUCAGGCGUGUAUAAUUACGAGGGCACAGAACCUCUAGACUUGACACAAAAACUUAUGGACUCUGCAAACAAGAAAGAAGAGGUACGCAAUACCGCGGGCAGUGAGUAUUGUCUCUCCGAAGACGAUGAUCCUUACACGGGCUUCGCUACCAUGACUCCAUACAGGAUCGCCUCCACACCCUUGAAGGCGGACGAUGUUAUUCCGGCAGGAUGCAAGCCAGUGCAGAUAUGGCACCUGAUUCGCCACGGAAGCCACGGUGCUCACAGGAACGACUACAUAAAGUUUGAAGAUGAGUUGCCACAUCUUCGGAGAAGGAUCUUCCGAGCUCGCGUGCAUUGGAAGGGGCAGCUCUGUGAGAAAGACCUGGAAUUAAUUAAGCUCUGGAAAGUGUCUAAGAUGAUGAGCAAGACAGGUAAUCUUUCUAAGGAAGGCGUGGAAGAAAUUGCCGGUUUAGCUUCCCGAUUCAAGUCCGUGUUCCCAGGUCUUCUGGAAAAAAAAUUCUCAAUUAAGCGGCAUCCCGGAGAUGGUAAUAAGAUUGCCUUCGGUACCGGCAGCCAGAACCAUCAGAGCGCCGUCGCCUAUAUUUCUAGAAUGUACGACGCUUACGCACGCUACGUCCCCGUGGGCUCACAGCCCUCGAAGACUUUGCAGUUCUACGACUACUGUAGAAACUACAUUGAAGGUGUAUUGAACAUGGACAAGAAGUUGAAGCCGUACCACACCUUCAUGUCAGGGGGCAUCAUGAAUUCUGUUCUUCAAAGUGUGUCCGAGCGACUUGGAUUUCCGGUAACCGUGGCCAAUGUUCGUGUGAUGUACAACGCAUGUCGGUACUACUAUGCGUGGUACAGGAACAAAGUGUCGCCCUGGUGCACUGUCUUCACCCCGAAACAACUUAAGGUACUAGAAUACUGGGAAGACCUCAGGGUGUAUCACGACCAAGGCCACCGCUUCGAGAUCAACUCAAAGCAAGCCUGCGUUCUUGGCAAGGACCUGAUGGAUCAGUUCCGGAAUCGAGUGGAAAACGGCAACACGGAACUCUACGCUGCCUCGUAUUUCGUCAAUCCGGAGGCUUUGGUAACGUUCAUUACCUUACUGGGCCUGUUCAAUGAUGAGGAGCCCCUGAACGAGUUUUACGUCCCCAAGACCCGCAUGUGGAAAACAUCACAGUUUGCUGGUUUCGGUAGCAACUUGGCCAUCAUGCUCUCUUCCUGUGUUGACGAUAGCUUUUGGGUGAGCGCUCUCCUCAACGAGAAACCUGUACAGCUACCGGGAUGUGACAGCAGCCUGGGUUGUCCUUGGAAUAGUUUCAUCCAAUACUACGACUAUCUGAGUGACUGCAACUUCGAUGAGCUUUGUGGAAGCUUUUCGAGUCAGCUGGCACAGAGUCGCCACUGGUAUGCUUCCUACAUGAAUGAGCAAUGGAUGUAGGGAACUCAGCAGAUGAAUGCAGUUUUUAUAUUCAUCGUCCUUUCAGAUCAGAAAUGCAUUAUUUAUUUAGUUAGUCUUUCAUAUUCAUUUAUUUCAAGAUAAAAGGAUUUAAGAAGCAAGAAUUUUGGAGGAAAUUUGUAUAUUGUUUGAGAACUUAUCGGGUGUAUUACAAACAGGUGGUAUGAUUUCAGUUCGACAUUACAGGUUACUAAGUUCA